AUGAAUGGCGUCGACGUUAAGCGCUUUGUGCGCUUAUUCUACGACCCUCCCCCAAAAUAUGAUGAUAUGUCUGGGACCUCCAUAUGGCUGCUGGGGAAGGAAUACCAGGCUGCGCCGCCUAAGCCAGUAACCACGACGGACCACGAUGACGUGGUUGAAGUCGAGUCCCCCUCAGACUCUCAUGACCCUUCUGAUGCCAGUGCUCUGUCGUCCACAACAGAUCAACCACCACAGCAGCAGUCUCAUGAGUCCCAGUCGCAGAACACAAGCAGUUUUGACGAUGCCCAGCAUGUGACGGGAGGAAACAACCUGCCGUCAUUGUCGAAUGACCCUUCCGAUCGAGGAUGGCCCAUCACCUUUCUUGACGACUUCGAAUCUCGGAUAUGGAUGACCUAUCGUUCCAACUUUACGCCCAUCCCUCGAUCACAAGAGCCCGGUUCUGCUGUAUCCUUAUCCUUCUCCGUUCGCCUACGCAAUUUUACCGAGAGAGAUGGCUUCAGUAGCGACACCGGCUGGGGAUGCAUGAUACGAUCGGGACAAUCUCUUUUGGCCAACGCCCUGGUCAUGCUCCAUCUAGGCCGGGAUUGGCGACGACCUCACGCAUCAUCUCCCUCGAGCGAUCCCCGCCCCGACUCGCCUCCCUUCACCCAAACGCAAAGUGAAGCCUCCAUCCUUUCCCUCUUCGCCGACACACCCCUUGCCCCCUUUUCCAUUCACCGCUUCGUUCAACACGGCGCAUCAGCGUGCGGCACACAUCCCGGCCAAUGGUUCGGCCCUUCUGCCACAGCUUCGUGCAUCAAAGAGCUUUCUGCCGAAUGUGCUGCCGCAGGACUACGAGUAUACGUGACACCGUCCGCGAGCGAAGUAUACGAAGACAAGUUCCGCAACAUUGCACGCGCCUCUGCUACGGAUCUCACCAUUAAACCAACGUUGAUACUUCUGGGAAUAAGGCUAGGACUAGAUCGAAUUACACCCGUCUAUCAUGAAGCACUCAAAAGUAGCCUCACAUACCCUCAGUCAAUUGGUAUCGCAGGUGGCCGACCCUCCUCCUCCCACUACUUCAUUGGCUGUCAAGGAGAUCUCUUUUUCUACCUCGACCCGCACGAAACCCGCCCUGCCCUGCAGCAUCACGCUGACCCCAACGAAUACACCGAGGAAGAGAUCUCCACAUGCCACACGCGCCGUCUUCGUGGGUUGAGGAUAAGUGAGAUGGAUCCAUCUAUGCUUAUUGGCUUCCUCAUCAAGGACGAGCAAGAUUGGGAAGACUGGAAGAGGAGGAUAAGGGAGGUCAAAGGUAAGGCGAUCGUGUCGGUCUUUGACAAAGAGCCCCCUGUGCCAGGGGAAACGAAGGAGAGGAAGGAGGCAGUGGACGAGGUGCAGACAUUUGAUGACGAGGACGAGGAGGAUGAUGAGACGGUGACUGUCACAGGGAAGGAGGACGAACAAGCCAGACCCGAGGGCGAGGGAGAUGAAGACGUCAUCAAAGUCGACCACAAGGCGGAAGGAGAAGGACAAAGCGAUACGAUCCAUGUUGGUCUCGAUACCUCUGCGUCAAGUGAGCCUGUCAAAAUUGACGCUCCCGUGGCAAGGGAAGACACAGUCAAGGCCCUUUGA